GUGCGUCUGGCGCCGCCGCCGCCCGCCGCGUGAGAGGACGGGCUCCCCGCGCUCUUCAGCCGCGUAGUCGGGUCCCCUCCCCCCCACCUCCAGCUCCCGGAAGGUUCGUGAAGGAGAAGUCGCCGCGGAGGACGAGGAACCGCUGCUGCCGGUCCCCUGGGGCGCCAUGGCGACCGGAGCGAACGCCACGCCGCUGGACUUCCCAAGUAAGAAGAGGAAGAGGAGCCGAUGGAACCAAGACACAAUGGAGCAGAAGACAGUGAUUCCAGGCAUGCCUACAGUUAUACCCCCUGGACUGACUCGGGAACAGGAAAGAGCUUACAUAGUGCAACUACAGAUAGAAGACCUGACUCGUAAACUGCGCACAGGAGACCUGGGCAUCCCCCCUAACCCUGAGGACAGGUCCCCUUCCCCUGAACCAAUCUACAACAGCGAGGGGAAGCGGCUUAACACUCGAGAGUUCCGUACCCGCAAAAAGCUUGAAGAGGAGCGGCACACCCUUAUUACAGAGAUGGUUGCUCUCAACCCAGACUUUAAACCACCUGCAGAUUACAAGCCUCCAGCAACACGUGUGAGCGAUAAAGUAAUGAUCCCCCAAGACGAAUAUCCAGAAAUCAAUUUUGUGGGGCUCCUAAUUGGACCCAGAGGGAACACCCUGAAGAACAUUGAGAAGGAAUGCAACGCCAAGAUCAUGAUUCGGGGGAAAGGAUCAGUGAAAGAAGGGAAAGUUGGGCGUAAAGAUGGUCAGAUGUUGCCAGGCGAAGAUGAGCCUCUUCAUGCUCUAGUCACUGCCAAUACGAUGGAGAAUGUCAAAAAGGCAGUAGAACAGAUCAGAAACAUCCUGAAGCAGGGUAUUGAGACCCCAGAGGACCAGAACGAUCUACGGAAAAUGCAGCUUCGAGAGUUGGCUCGCUUGAAUGGCACUCUACGGGAAGAUGAUAAUAGGAUCUUAAGGCCCUGGCAGAGCUCAGAGACGCGCAGCAUUACCAAUACUACUGUGUGUACCAAGUGUGGAGGGGCUGGUCACAUUGCUUCUGAUUGCAAAUUUCAGAGGCCUGGCGACCCUCAGUCAGCUCAGGAUAAAGCACGGAUGGAUAAAGAAUAUUUGUCCCUUAUGGCUGAGCUAGGGGAAGCUCCUGUCCCUGCAUCUGUGGGCUCUACCUCUGGGCCUGCCACCACGCCCCUGGCUAGUGCACCAAGACCUGCUGCUCCUGCCAGCAACCCACCACCACCGUCUCUCAUGUCUACAACUCAGAGCCGCCCACCCUGGAUGAAUUCUGGUCCUUCAGAGAAUCGGCCCUACCAUGGCAUGCAUGGAGGUGGUCCUGGUGGUCCUGGAGGUGGCCCCCACAGCUUCCCACACCCAUUACCCAGCCUGACAGGUGGGCAUGGUGGGCAUCCCAUGCAGCACAACCCAAAUGGACCACCACCACCUUGGAUGCAGCCACCACCACCACCGAUGAACCAGGGCCCCCACCCACCUGGGCACCAUGGCCCUCCUCCAAUGGGUAAAUCAGUACCUGGGAAGUACGCCUGUGGGCUCUGGGGUCUAUCGCCUGCAUCAAGGAAAAGGUAUGAUGCCGCCGCCGCCUAUGGGCAUGAUGCCGCCGCCUCCGCCACCUCCCAGUGGGCAGCCCCCGCCUCCUCCCUCUGGUCCUCUUCCUCCAUGGCAGCAGCAGCAGCAGCAGCCUCCGCCACCCCCUCCGCCCAGCAGCAGUAUGGCUUCCAGCACCCCCUUGCCAUGGCAGCAAAAUACGACGACUACCACCACGAGCGCUGGCACAGGGUCCAUCCCGCCAUGGCAACAGCAGCAGGCGGCUGCCGCAGCUUCUCCAGGAACCCCUCAGAUGCAAGGCAACCCCACUAUGGUGCCCCUGCCCCCCGGGGUCCAGCCGCCUCUGCCGCCCGGGGCCCCUCCCCCUCCGCCGCCUCCGCCACCUGGUUCCGCCGGCAUGAUGUAUGCCCCACCCCCUCCUCCUCCGCCUCCCAUGGACCCUUCUAACUUUGUCACCAUGAUGGGCAUGGGGGUGGCGGGCAUGCCGCCCUUCGGGAUGCCUCCAGCUCCCCCACCGCCUCCACCACAGAACUAGACUUGUUUUUUUUUUUUUAAGAAAAUAUAUAUUAUAUACAUAGAGAGUUGGUCUCUUAUAAACACACGCCGAACCUCACCAUAUGGAGCCAGACAUUGGGAUGCACGCAUGUGAUUGUGUGUGCACGCAUGUGUGUGUGUGCACGCACUGGGCUGGGCCAAGUGACUGGACUCGCUUGGGAAACGGGCAGUGGUAGUGGGGCGCCAGCUUGAGCUUUCCUGGCACCUGUAGCAUCGAGUGUCUUCUUUGUCUUCUCUCCUCACCCAACUCCCUCUGCCUCUCCCCAAACCGGGCCGCCAGGAUCCCUCCCCGCGGCAGCGAUGGCCCGAGCCAUGAGAGUGAGGACUUUCCGCGCCCAUUGGUGACCCUUCCAGGCAGACAGCCUCAGCAGCGCCCCUGGUGGACAGGAUGGUUCGGCAAAGCAGCCUGAGUUAUUUUUGUGGACGGAAUCGGAACACACUGGCUCCAUAUUGUGAAAUUUUUAUUAAUUUUUAUCUUUUUCCUUUGUUAUUUCCUUAUCUUUUCCUUUCUUCAGACUCCGUCCAAGGAGAUGCUCUCCCCGGUCUUCUGCUGCAGAUAGGAUCCUUCCCUUGUCUCCAUUCCUCUCCUCCCAAAGGGAGAGGGGCAAAUGGUUUAGGUACAGGCUUUGGCUAUUAAUGUCAGGCUUGGUGGUGGGAGUGGGGGGUCCUAUGGUUCUAAUUGUUGAAGGGCUUCAGCCACAUUCAAAAUAAGUAGGUGGUUUAUCUUUGACAUCUUUUAAAGAGUCUGGAUAAAUCUGACUCGUUGCUCAAUAGGGUUUAUUUGGCAGUGGGAUUCACAUCUUCCUGCACUCCUGCCAGCAGUACAGGGCACAGCCCAAGCCACCAUAGGCCAGCCUGGAGUCUUUUUCAUGCUCUGGUCACCCAAGCUGCCUCAGAACCCAUUUGCUUCUCUCCUUCCUGGAAAGCUUCCCUUUAUGUUUUAUUUUGACCCCAGAUGUCCAGAUGUUUUGCAGUGUCUGGGGCUUGUGUCCCUUGUUCUUCGUUCUGCUGCUUUGCCCCUUCCUUCCCUCUUCAUGGAGUGAUUAUGUUGAUAAUAAUGUGUAAUGCGCGUUCUUUUCACUGGUUUAUCUACAGAAAUUUCUCUGGGCCUUUUUUUCUGUGUUUGAUUCAACACUGCACUAAGGGGGAAAUGUUCCAUUGAAUAAAAGAGCAGUGUGGUUUUCCGGGUCCGUUUCUUUUCUUUUAAAACCUUUUUCCUGACCAUCAGCACCAAGUUUUACCUACCUACCCUGGCCCCAGCUCCUGCAUGUGAAUGGCUUCAGCCCCUCACUUUUUCUAGUUUCUAGUUGAUAGAACUGAAAAGCAGGCUCACUCCACAUUUCAGGAGUCUUUGUCAUUGUGACAGCCUUUUCCUGGGGCUCCGACCCCCACCCACAUUGAUGAGCUCUAGAUAGGAUUUGUGUCUCCUAGCUGCUGCCCGACUUAAGGACCUGGACCUGGGGAGGCAUCAGCACUAAAGGUCACGCUAACUAAUCCUGCUUGUCGGGCACAGAGCUGCUAAAAUUAAAACUGCCAAGUGGCUUUUUUUCUUUCUCUGCUGGUGGCUCUCAGCCUGCCAGGACUGCAGGUCUAGGGGAGUAGUAGGGACAAAACGUGGUGCCCUGUGCUGAGUGGCCACGUCUACAGAGUCUUCUGCAGUUCUCCUGUUUAGGGUACUAGGAAAAUCACCCCUUGUGUCUUUGUGAGAGCCACGUCUUUGGCAGCUCAUACAGCUGCUGCUGCUUUGUCUAGAGGCUUGAGGGCAGUUGCUGUCUACCCUUAGGCUUCCUAACCAAGCCCUCAACUAGAGGUUUUCCCUAUUGUCUUUAACCUUACAGUGUGGGGGCAGGGCCUGGCCACCCUCUUCGACCUUGGCUUUACCUCAUUGCUUCCCUCACAAUCUUGGUUUCCCUGGUGGGCUCAUUGGGCGGUUAAUUAGCUCUUUGAAGCUCUGGAAGCGGCAAAGUGGCGCUGUGUGGGUUUUAGAAGUAAAAUCAAUAAAUGACUUAACCAUG